AUGUUGUCGUCGUCGGAGUCGAUGUCAGGCUUGACCUCUGCCAAUUGCUUUAACGGUGUCGUACUUCGCAUUGCAGGCGGCUGGGUACGCGACAAGCUACUUGGACGCGUAAGCGAUGAUGUUGACAUUGUGCUAGAUCGCAUGACUGGUCGUGCAUUUGCAGAGCUUGUGAAUGCGUUCGAGACAGCACAUCGUCGUACAGCACGAACAGUAGGCGUCAUCAAGGCCAAUCCGGAGCAGAGCAAACAUCUCGAAACGGCCACCGUGCAGAUUGGAGAAAAUAUGAGCUAG